AUGCAAAAUAUAUCAUAUUAUUUCGACUUUGACCCUCCAUACAUCCGUCCAGAGCCAGAGCUUUCACCAUUGUUUGAGCACGAGCUCGAACAAACAUUUAUUGUUUCCGGAACAGAUCCAAUGAUGAUCUUUGAUGAAAAUCAUUCUGCGGAAUCCACAAAUGUUGCCAAGAAAUUACUCCCUCGUGCAUCCAAAUCGCCUCUAUCGGCUACAAAACUUCAAGAUUUGUAG